AUGUCGACCCGGGCCCUCAUACAGCCGCUGACAAACCCGGUCGUCGACGGGGUGCUGCAGUGCUUCCACGUCGUCCCCACCGAGAUGUACGUGUCGCUCGCCCCGCAAUACUUGGCGCUGCCCCUCGACGGGGUCAAACAACAGCACCUCGACCACAUGGUGAUGAACUACCACGCCAAGGCCCACGGCGUGGUUGUCGGGUACGACCACGUGACUAUUGAAUCCUCCAACCCCUUGGGCGACGAGACCUUGCUCCCCAUCGACGACCUGACUCCCUACUCCUUUUUCUGGGUUAGAGCCGAUCUUAUGGUGUGGGCCCCCCAGCUCGGAGACACCUUGGAGGGACACAUCUACAUGCAGACCGCGUCCCACUUGGGUCUCUUGGUCAACGAUACGUUUAAUGCCCUGAUCAAGAAGCACAACUUACCCCUUGGGUGGGAAUUUCAAGCCAGCGAUGCCGACACCGAUUCCCGCUACGGGCUGUGGCUUGACGAAAGCGGCCAGCGUGUCGAGGGUAAGAUCAAGUUCACGGUGAAGCUGAUCCACUCGUCGGGGAGAGUGGUGUCGCUCGAAGGGACGCUUGUCGACCCGCUGUCGGAACAAGACGCGCAACCGGUGACUCUGGGACUGAAGCACGUUAAGUUUGACGACGACGACGACGACACCGCCACGCCGGCACCGUUACCGGAGCUGGUGCAGCAAGAAGCCGCCAACGACGACAUGAUUCCUCGUUACGAAGAAGAAGAAGAUGAUGAAGAUGAGGUGAACAACGACGACGAGAGUGAUUAG